UUUCUAAUCAGCCGAAUAAUUAUAGUCCCGAGGAAGAUCCAGAAAAUAUGCCAGGUGUUCACUAUUCAGGUUUUAGUGACUCUAGAGGAGAUUAUUCGUCUCUAUCUAGUAAAUCAUACGAAGGAAAUAAAUUUGACAAGUGAGUAAAGGAAUGACAAGAGUGGUUGGAGGGAGAGAGUGGAUGAGUUGAGGAGAGAAAGAAGGAAAGAUCUGAGAUAGAGGAGCAGAAGAUUAGAUCUAUUGAAAAUUCUGAAGAGGGAUCUGGUAAGAAUAGUGUUGAUAUAGGAUUAAUUUCUAGUUUUUAUUUUAUAAUAAAGAUCGCCUAGUCCGAAUUUAGGAUACCAUUAUUUAAUGUAUGAAUUAUGCAUAAAAAUAUUCGUCUUAUCUAAUAAAAUCGGUACAUCCCUCAAACCCCAAAACCAAACAUGUUACUCCUCUUCUCCAAUCCCCUACCCUCCUUCCUCCCACUACUACCCCUUCUCACAGACCCACCCUGAGUCGUCCAAGUGAAGCCUAAAGGAAGCAUGGAAAGGAACAAACGAGAGUGGGUGGCACCAAGAGUGGGAGAGUAGGCAAGGAUUACCAUUUCAAAGGGAUUAGUAAAGAAAUAGGAGAGCGGAUAUCUUCAUAAAUUAUCUUACCAAUCCCAUGAAUUUCAUUGGUUUCAGCUAAAUUGAACUGGAGAGAUUCAUAUCAUCAAACCUAAUAUUUUUAAUCAUUUUAGAAGGCCAUAAAAACGAAAUGAACUCAUCGCAAAGCAAUAACUCAUGUAUGAAUUCUCAAAAUAGAGGAUCAAAGACAUAUCUGGCUUUACAGAAAUAUGAUCCAAGAAAGAAUAGAAGAGACUCCUCUCAAUUGAUUAAUUUCAGAAAAAUUAAUUAACCCUCCAGCAACAACCUAUCAAAACAAUAUCUCAGCAAUUUAUCUAGAGAAAUAUCCAGCCUUGAAAACUAAAAAAAUUGCUCUUUCCAACCCUCUUAGAUGAAUUUAAUUUAACAGAUCAACAAAACAACAUUAAUUUCAGCGUCCACAACCCUCAAGAGAUAAAAUCUGAAUCUGUACCAGUUAGUAGAAGCUUAAGUUUUGUCUCUUCGAGAUCAGAGACUGUACAAACGUUGUCAACCUUGGAUAUCCCUUGGUCAGUUCCGGUAGCACAAUCACAGUUCAACUCCUCUCCCCCGUCCCUAUCCACAGAAGAAUUUGAUGCAGUCACUUUUGAUGAAGAAGAUGUGAGCCAGGAGGAAGAAGCUGGCAAGGAUUUGCACGUAGAGGAUGGGAAGUUGACAGAGGAAUUUUGGUAUGAGGAUGAUGAAGAGGAGAUUUUGAGUGGGGAGAAUGAGGGGGAGGAAGAUGGUUUUGAACUUAGUAUUGAAGAACAACAAGCAAUGAAAGAGGUUUGAGAAGGGGAAAAUAACAGGAUUGAUAGAUGUUUAUGGCAGAUGGAAGGAGAGAAAAAGGAAACUGUAUUAAAUGACUUGGAUGGAUGCAGAAUAAUUGUUUCUCAACAAUAUCUUUUAACUCAACAUCUGAAUAAUCUUGAAAUAACCAAAUAUAAAUACUUAAAAUUUGGCGAAGUUAAAGCUUGACUAGUAGAAGGUACCAAAUACUACACUUGUCUGGAUACUCCUACAAAUACUUAGACACAAACACUUUAAGAAAGGAAAUGAGAAGCCAAUUU